AUUGACAAUAUUUAAAUUUGUGUUCAUAUUGACUGACUUAAUGUUAUACUUUUGUGCUAUUGAAUGAUAUAUACGUAGAAAACAAGUUUAUAAAAAAAACUGCUUAGUUUCAAAAAAGAAAAGAUUUGACGUAAAAUGAUCAUGGAAGAGAUGGAAAAAGAAUCAGUUGUUGAUAAAGUGUUGACAUGGUGUUGGACGAUUGUUAAACGACGGCUCGGACCAGAUGCAGCAUUGUUUGAAGAGGGAGACAUGUUCUUGAGACUUUCAUCAAAAUAUGUACCACUGGAUGCUCAGAGAGCUGUACAAACGAAAAGAGUAAAGGAGUUUCCAUGUGGCAUAGCUAAUUGUACCCAAAUAUUUGACAGUGUGUCUAAGUACGAGGCUCACUAUAAUAGUUGUCAUCGUAAUGUAUGCAAGACAUGUCACCGGAUCUUGCCAUCAGGGCAUCUACUUGAGAUCCAUAUCCUAGAAACACACGAUGUCAUGUUUGCCCUGCAAGCAGAAAAGCAAGAUAUGUACCAGUGUUUAUUGGAGCAUUGUAAGACAAAGUUCAAGGACACAGCAGCUAGACGUAACCAUAUGGUGAAAGUACAUAAAUAUCCUAGCAACUACAGAUAUGAUCGUCAUAAACAGAAAAGUACACAGAAAAAGAAAGAUUCUUGUCAAAAUGGGGAAUCUAUUGCCAUGGAAACAGAACCGAUUCCUGUUGUUAGACCAGUUACUGGUGAACUAGACCAGCCUGAAUCUCAUCAAAAACCCAGUGGAAGAAUAUUCAGUCACAAAGUACCUAAGAACAUUUGCUUUGGUCAAGGAGUGUCAAGGGGAUUCUUAGGUGGGCGUGGCCGUGGGCGGGGCAAGCAGCCAAAGAAAAAGCACUGGUAUAACAAAGAUCAAGCCAACAUGGAUACUACUGUAGAUAUAGAAAGUGUUGACAUGUCAGAAUUAUCUACAGCACUUAGUUAAACAACUGUAUGAUUCUAGAUUAUGAACAUUUGCAGAAGAUAAUGUAAAACUAAGAAGAACAAUUUUGUGUAAAAUAAAUUGUGAUGGCAUUGAUGUAAACUUUCACAGAACAAAGAAUAAGUAACUACGUGCUUAUAUAAUAUGCAUUGUACAUUGUUGAGUCUUAAAGCAUGUACAGUAUUGGGGAAAAGGUGGCGGUUUCUUUCUUCUGUUUGUUGAAUAUUUACCUUCAUAUUUCACGAUGAAGUGUUUGGGUCCAGAAAUUCCAGGUUUAACCAUAUCGUUAAUGGCUGGAAUAAAUCAUGCUUAUGAUUUAGGAAUAUUAUACUGAAUUUUAUUUCUAACACUUGUUACUUUUAAGUUAUAUUCAUGUACCUUUGUUUGUUAUCUUCUAAAUAUGUAAAUAUGGUUUAAAUCAUAUAUGUCAAGGUUUUUUUUUAUUGAACAUGUUUUUCAUAUAAAAUCAGUUGUUAAAUUCCAAUUUUGAUAAAAGUUAUUAAAGGUUUUCACAAGUCUGCAAUGAUGUUUUCUGUAGAAUAAAAUUCUUAAUGUUUU